AUGUCGAAUCAAUAUCGCGAGGCGAAUCCGGUCAACAACAACGGAACGAUUAACGUAUGGAUCCACGCUCACACCCAUGAUGAUCCUGGUUGGCUUGUAACUACUGACCAGUACUACGUGAAGCAAGUGCGUUACAUUCUGGAUACGGUGAUUGGUGCUCUGGCUGUCAAUCCGGAACGAAAGUUCACUUAUGUUGAGCAGGGCUUUUUCCAGAGAUGGUGGAAGGAGCAGAAUGAUAACAUGAAGGCUCUGGUCCAUAAGUUGGUUGAGAACGGCCAGUUUGAGUUCAACCUGGGUGGUUGGGUCAUGUCCGAUGAGGCCACGGCCACCUAUGAAGAUGUGAUCAACGAGAUGACUCUGGGAGCCAAGUUCAUCUACGAUGAGUUCGGCAUUCGCCCCACCGUGGGAUGGAGCAUCGAUCCGUUCGGCCACUCCAAGGAGAUCGAGGCUCUCUACGCUGAUAUUGGUAUGGACGCUUUCGGUAUCAACCGUGUGCACUACGCUGACAAGGAAAACCGAAUCAAGAAUCAGAAGCUGGAGUUCGUGUGGCGUGGAAGCAACAGCCAGGGCGAGAAGAGCGACAUGUUCAUCCACAUGAUGGACAACCAUUACUGCUCGCCUGAGGAGUGCGAUUUCUUCAGCAACAGCAGCGGCGAUUGCAUGUACCGCAAGGACGAUAACUCCUGGUUCCAGGACAACGCCGACCUGCCCACGUUCAAGGUGAACGCGGAGGAGAAGGCGCAGAAGUUCGUGGACAUGGUGAAGAAGCGAGCGACCUACUACGACAACGGCAACAACCUUUUGAUCACCUGGGGCUGCGACUUCACGUUCCUCAGCGCGCCCGUGUCGUACGACAACAUGGACAAGCUGAUCAAGUACGUGAACGACAACGAGGAUCGCUUCGGUGUGCACGUGCAGUACGCCGUGUUCUCGGACUACAUCAAGGCCGUGAACAAGCACAAGAAGCAGUGGGACGUCUACGAGGGCGACUUCAUGCCCUAUGCCUCCGACCCCGACGCUUACUGGACGGGCUACUACACGAGCCGUGGCCGCACGAAGGGUCUGAACCGUCGCACGAUGAACGAGCUGGCCGUGGCCGAGCUGUACCUGUCGCUGGCGCGCGUGUACCAUCUCCCUGUGAACGCGGAGGAGGUGUUCGAGAAGGUGAUGAAGCUGCGCAAGGCGCAGGGCGAGUUCCAGCACCACGAUGCGAUCACGGGCACGGAGAAGCAGGCGGUGGCCAACGACUACAACGUGCAGAUGGAGGACGGCUCGUUCUUCGCCAACGAGGCCACGUCGACGAUCCUCGGCGCCAUGCUGGACGUGAACCUGAACCACAACAUCACGCUGAAGUGGGCCGAGCUGUCCAAGCGCCAGCGUCUCGGCGUGAUUCUGACCAACAGCAACGCGCAGGCCAUCAAGAACGUGGUGCGCGUCGUGGUGCCUGUCGGCGCGCUGGAGGUCACCGACGCCGCGGGCAAGCUGCUGCCCUUCCAGAUCAACGAGAUCCCCGACUGGUCGAUCGAGCGCGCCAACGGCACGCACGUGGUCUACGUGGAGGUGGAGGUCCCCGCGCUGGGCUUCACCACGGUCUACUUCCGCACGCAGACCUCGCUGGCGACGCUGCCGCGCGGCGGAGUGACGCGCGACGACUUCAUCGAGAACGAGGUGUACAAGCUGACCUUCGCGGAGAACGGCCUGCUGCAGAGCGUGGAGCUGAAGCAGGAGGGCCGCACCGUUCCGUUCACCGACAUGCUCUACCAGUACACGGGCCGCUUCAAUCAGGGCCGCAGCUCGGGCGCGUACUCCUUCAUUCCGGAGAAGCAGACGCCGGAUCCGGUGGGAUCGCAGGCGGAGCUGACGAUUCUGAAGGGCGAUUUGGUCGAGGAGGCGCGCGUGGUGUACCGCAGCGGCUAUCAGCAGGUUCUGCGCCUGUACCGCUGCGAGGGCAUCAUGAAGAACGUGAUCGAAGUGGUGUAUGACAUGGGUCCCACGGACGACGGCCGCGAGAUCGUGGCUCGCUUCGCCUCGGAGCAGCUGCGCAACGGCCGCGUGCUGUACACGGACGCGAACGGUCUGGAGGACAUUCGCCGCGAGUACCGCGAGGACUCCGUGGAGCCGGUGUCCGCGAACUACUACCCCGUGACCAACCGCGCCUUCCUGCAGGCCGACGCCUCCGAUCUGCGUCUGAACCUGGUGGUGGACCGCGCGCACGGCGUGGCCUCGGUGGUGGACGGCGUGCUGGAGGUGAUGCUGAAGCGCCGCACGCGCGGCGAUGACUGGUUCGGCGUGGACGAGCCGCUCACGGAGAACGAUCACUACCAGCAGACGCUCUGGCUGACGCUGAGUUCCAUCCAGCGCAGCGUGGAGGUGCACAAGCGCCUGGACCUGCAUCUGAACCACGCGCCGGUGCCGUACUACUUCGUGGGCGACAAGGAGCCCAAGAUGACGUCGCGCUCGCUGCUGAAGAAGGAGCUCCCCGCCAACGUGCAGCUGCUGAACUUCCAGCUGAACCAGCUCCGCGACUCGGACUUCCUGCUGCGCUUCCACCACCUGUACACCAAGGGCGAGGCCACCGAGCUGGCGCAGGAAGUGACGUUCGAUGUGAACGAUUACUUCGCGGACUUCCAGGUGACCGAAAUGACCGAAUACGGACUCUCCGGUAUGUUCCCCAGAGAGCAGAUCCAGAAGGAGCGCAUGCAGUGGGAGAUCGACCCGAAGAUGAAGACCAGCGCCGCCACGAUCAAGAAGUCCUACGCCAAGGACACGAUCGUGAACCUCACCCCCAUGGAAUUCAAGACCUACAGAGUGAGAGUGAAUUAGACUUGUU